CACAAGCCGAGUCAAAAGACUGCUCUCAGACAGCCAGUUCCAAUAGGUCUCUGGUUUCUGCACCCUGCAGAGGGCCCAACAACAACAAAUCAGAGAGGGUGUAACAGGGACCUUGCUGCAGAACCAUACAGCAUUAGGGGUUAAGGUCAACAACCCCAUGAAGAGGUGUAGUUUAUGUCACUUCAAAACUGUGGCCCAAUAUGAGAGGGAAAUGAAAUACGGCCUUAAUAAUCAACAUUGUUCUUACACCAAAUUAUUGCAUCAAUAAAGGUGUUGUAGUUUACUCUAGGCUAUUUUUUGAGGGUCUUCUUCACUUUCACCUCAAGGGGUCAAAUCCCUCAAGUCUGAAUAGUCUGAUCUGAUCUAUGCCUGGAUUGGUUGGUAUUCCAGUUCCUUGGCAGAUGCAUACUGCAGAUUUAGCCCAGGAUUAGGCAGUGCCACCAAGGCUGUGGCACAGGAAUAUCCUCAGAGCCCUUUCUGAUUCUUGGGUGGAAUGGUGAGAAAACAAAUCACGCGUGGACAGCGUGCCCUGCCCCCCAUGUCAAGUCAAGAUACAGGUGACGAGAUGCCGGUCCCUAAAAGCAAGAGGAAGAAGUCGAAGAGUCAGGUGGAUGGUGUUGAAAGCCCAGAGGACUCAGGGAUGGAGAUGGCCCAGGUGGGGGGUCUGAGCAGUCGUAGGUCAUCUGAGGUCAUCCAGGCCUUGACCCCCGAUUCGCCGGAAGCUGCAUCACAGAGAAGGAAGAAGAAGAAAAAGGCAGCGACCGUAGACAUGGAGGAUGACCAGGCUGACCUGGUGAAUGGUGAUGGACUGGUCCAGAACACAGCAGAGGCAGGGGAAGAAGUGACCAAAAAACCCAAGAGGAAGAAGAAGUCGAAAGUGUCAGAGACACAGUACGUCAACGAGCUUCAUGUAGAGGACGAUGACAUCAUCACAGACGCUCAGCCACCCGUCCCCCGGCAUUCCCUGUUCUCUGCUCCCCUGGGACAGAGCCAGCCUGUGGGGAAGGUGUUUGUAGAGAGGAGCAAGAGAUUUCAAGCGGCCGAUCGGUCAGACAGACUGAAGUCCAGCGAUCAGGUGGACAACUUCGUGGACAUCCAGCAGAUGUGGACCACCAAGGAUGUGUCUGUUAGGGUACAUGGUGGCUUCAGGGGGGUUGGGCUGUUCUGCCACGGCUUCCUAGCGGGCUAUGCAGUGUGGAACAUCAUAGUGAUCUAUGCCCUGGCAGGAAAACAUCUCACUACUCUGCCUAACCUACUGCAGCAGUACCACAGCCUGGCCUACCCUGCACAGUCUCUCUUCUACCUGCUACUGGCUAUAAGCACCGUGUCAGCCUUUGACAGGGUGAAUCUGGCCAAAGGCGCCAUGGCUAUGAGAGAGUUUGUCACCCUGGACCCAGUUGCUCUAGCCUCUUUUUUGUACUUCUCAGCUCUGGUCCUCUCUCUCAGCCAGCAGAUGACCAGUGACCGCAUCAACCUGUACCCCAGUGCUAACGAGACCUUAUGGCCUCCUGGGUCAGAGCAACAGAUCCUGAACCCGUGGAUCAUAGUGAACCUGGUGGUGGCUGUGCUGGUAGGAAUGGCCUGGAUCUUUAUCUCCACUAGGCCUGAGAUGGACUACACCGAAGGAUUCCUAAUGGCUAUGGAGAUCGAGUCCUUGAGACCAGAGGAGAAAUCAGAAAUGUCUACUUGAGGAAUUGUAUUUCCAUUUUUUUCUUGCACAUCUUUUUUUGUGCUGUAUUUUAUCAGCCAACACAAAAUGUACACCUUGUUUGUGGUAAUAAGCAGUUUAUUUUUGUAUGACCCAAAUGUGUGCUUGUUUUGUCAAGUGUAUUGAUUACCAUUGGAAAUAAUAAAAAUGUUAUCCCACUGA